UUAGCUAUGCCCUGCCCAGGCAUCUUUUGACCGGCUGGAUCUUACUAUUUUCUACCUACACGCGUACCAGAGGGGCAACGUAGGAUGAAAAUCUGCAACCAUGAUGCAAGGACUGAAAAACCGAACCAGGAAAGCCCUGGGCUUACGAAAGAAAGACAAGGAUACGGAUGCGACGAGCUCACCUGACAAAGAAGGAAGUGGAAGUGGAAAGAAAAGAAGUGCCUCUCCUGAUGUGGACGAGGAGGGCUUCAGCCUCCGGCCUGGUGAUGAAGAUGCAGCUGCAAAAGAAAAGCACUUUUUUUCCUCCAGCGAUUCUGAGGAUGACGAGGACAGCAAGAAAAAGUUCAAAAUUAAGAUCAAGCCGCUGCUGUCAGACAGUGCCAGGUGUGUCCCUCCAUCCAUGGAUGAGCUAAAAGCCUCAGUGGGAGGUCUGGCGCUUUCUCCUUCACUGAAGAGAAGUCCGAGACGCAGUCCGGGACAGAUGAAAAGAAAUUUGUCCUGUGAGGAAAUUGCUAGACCCAGACGCUCCACCCCAACACCAACUCCUGCCUCUGAGACACCAAGUGACCCGCUGUUGCAGAAAGUUCCUGCCUUAUUUGGUCUGGCUUCAGAGAGCAGAUAUGCCAGAUACGAUGUGGUCCCUGGAGAUGUGUGGGGAGACUCAAGACCACGGUCAGAGUCACAGCUGAGCAGAAGUUUCCCAACUGGAGCUCCUCCUCCACUUCCUCCAAAAAACAUUCCUUCAAGAGGUCGUUAUGGUUAUCCCUCCGACUCAGCAGUUGACCUCUCCAACGGGAGGGCAGCUCGCAGUUCUGCCCCCAUCUACCUGAACGUUCUCUCCCCGGCUUCCUACCGAGGCUCCCCGGCCCCUGACUUGGACGACGUGUUUGGCUCCGUGGACAGCCCGCGGACAAGCGAGGACACAGCGUCGCCCAGAUGGGUCACUUUCAUGGACAACAGGCCUCCUCCACCUGAUGAACCCGCCCCCCCACCACCACCACCAGAUUCCCCUCCUCCAGACACGCCAUCAUCCACCCCCUCUUCUCCUUGCCUCUCUCCCGGACCACCGCCAAACGAGCCCCCGCCAUCACCGCCACCAUUUUCCCCUGGAUCUCCUCCACCUUUCACGCCACUUGACUCACCCCCCUCCAUCGUGCUUGGACCCCCUCCUCCAGAUGAGCCGGCACCUCCCCUGCCCCCUGAUUUCUCCCCUUGUAAUUCACCCCCCAUGUUCCCUGAUGAGGAAGCAAUUGAUGAGGAGGUGCUUCAGUUUGCAGAGUACGCUUCCUUCCCAGCUCCCGUCAGCCCUGUUCCCCCACUGCCAGCUGAGCGGAGGUCCCCACGGCCAGGACUCACAUCACCUUUUGUGCAGAUGGGGAUGGGAGGCAAGAGAACUCCAGAGGGGGCACACCAGAGAGAUGAAGUAACAGGUUCUCCCAAAGAGCUGACACCCAGCUUCAGAGGCACGCCACCUCCUCUUCCUCCAACCACCUACAGGUCUAUCAUGUCUUCCCCGGGGCCCCACUCUGGCAGCAGCCCCUCUUCUCCAGCUCGCCCUGCCACGCCUCAGUCUCGAGGCAGCCCGGUCCCUCCUCCUCCUCCUCCACGUCCAUCUUCACGACCAAAGCUACCCCCUGGGAAACCAAUCACAGACCUGAAUCGGCCGUUCAGUCCACCAGUUUCGGGCAGCCCCCUGCCCUUCGCCCCCCUGGCCCGCGCAGAGAGCUCUUCCUCCAUCUCCUCCAUUACCUCACACAGUGCAGCGUCCACUCCAACCUUAGGGAAGGACCUUAACAUGCCCACCACAGAGGCCCCGCAGCCUCUGGUGUGGUUUGACCACGGCAAGUUUUAUUUAGCUUUUGAAGGAUGCUCCAGAGGACCCAGUCCGCUCACCAUGGGGCCCCAGGACACCCUGCCAGUUGCAGCUGCCUUCACAGAAACCAUCAAUGCCUACUUUAAAGGCGCUGACCCCAGCAAAUGUGUGGUGAAGAUUACAGGAGAGAUGGUGCUCUCCUUCCCUGCGGGUAUAACCAGACAUUUUGCCAGUCACCCAACACAACCUGUCCUCACCUUUAGCAUCAGCAACUAUAACCGACUGGAGCAGGUCCUCCCCAACCCACAGCUGCUCUGCUGUGAUUCAAUAACAGACGGUGGAGACAGCAAGGAGUUCUGGGUAAAUAUGCCAAACCUGAUGAGCCAUCUGAAGAAAGUGGCUGAGCAGAAACCUCAGGCAACAUACUACAAUGUGGAUAUGAUCAAAUAUCAGGUAUCAGCCGAGGGGAUUCAGUCCACUCCUCUGAACCUGGCAGUGAGCUGGAGAGGUGAUGCCACCAACACAGACCUAAGAAUAGAUUAUAAAUACAACAUGGAGGCCAUGGCUGCCCCAGUACCGCUCCACAAUAUCCACUUCUUGGUUCCUGUGGAUGGAGGUGUAGCCAAAUUGCAGGUCAUGAUUCCGCCGGCUGCCUGGAAUCCAGAGCAGCAAACCAUACUGUGGAAAAUUUCAAGCCUCUCUCAUAGGUCUGAAAAUGGAGGAGUAGGGGCUCUCCUGGGCCGGUUCCAGAUGGUAGAGGGUCCCUGUAAACCCUCCCAGCUGACAGUCCAGUUCACCAGCGAGGGGAGCACUCUGUCAGGGUGCGACAUCCAGCUGGUUGGGACCGGCUACCGGUUAUCGCUGGUGAAGAAGAGAUUCGCUGCAGGGAAAUAUUUGGCGGAUAAUUAGCAGACUUGUUUGCAAAUAGAACCAAGAAUUCAGCGGCAUUUGACUGUGAAGACUUUGAAUCCAUCCCACGUUCUCCAGUUGAGAAUUUGAGAGAGAACCACUUGAACUAAUGGUUGAGAAUUAGAACAAGAAAUGAUAAUAUCUGACUCUCUAACAUCAUAUUCACUAGACGGACUCCUGAUGAGUUCAUGCGAGUGAAAACAAAUAGUUUUGUGCACUUGGAACACGUAAGCCCUUAUGUGGAGUUAAAUAUUGAAAAACCCUGAUUCUUUGUUCUUGUAAGAUGUAAAUUGUAAUUAAUUGUGGAUUUCAUACAGUGAUCCAGUCUAAUUUAAGUUUAUUUUGUCUAACUGGUUGUCACUACAAAUGCACUGUUAAGGAUAAUGUGAAUAUAGCAUGAUAUUGGAACAAUCCUAAAUGAGGUGGAGAAGGGUGGAAAAAGGGAUAAAAAUGUUGCAUAGGGUUGAUUUGCCACUAUAUGUUGAUAAUUUGUAGGUAAUGUGACAAUAUCUGAUUAAUACUGCCACCCCAAAUUACAAUUUCCACUAUUUGAGAGCGUCUGUUUUGUUCAGAAAGCUUUUUAAAUGUUAUACCAGUUUUACAAAUGAUCUGAAAAACUGGGGUGAAGAUCAACACUUUGAAUUUUGAGAUGCUUUUGAUACAGAAUUGCUGUGGGUUUUAUCCUGAACAUUUAAAAUAUGGGUCAUGGUCAUGAUCAACUGGCACAUAAAUGGCAUU